AUGUUCGCCCCUCGCGCGCGCCAACAAUACGAUGAAAACGCCUCUAGCUUGGCAACUCGCACGCCCGGCCCAUCGCGAUCUCGCCCCGCGCUGAGCCCAGUAAAGGGCAUGGCGACCACCACCGCCACGGGUGGAAAGCUGCAACGUACGCAAUCCAGCAACACCGGCUCGUACUCCGUCAGCCCAAAGAAGCUCUUCAGCGGAGCAGGCAAUGCGACCCCGGGAGGCAGCAAGCUAGGCGGCGGAGUAGGCGGUCGCUUCGCGCUGGGCGACAAGACGAACAACAAGAAGGCUCCCGCAGCAGGGCAGGCGCCCGCCAAGGUAUCGGCAAGUCCAGCCAAGAGCCCCUCAAAGGUACUGCGCCGCCCACCCGUCACACCCGCAGCGGACAAGUCCUAUGCGACCAACAGCGCUGGCCCCUCGACCAAGGGCAAAGGCGUCGCACCAACCAUGCCGCUCCAGACUCCCGCAGCGAACAUCGGCCGCCGCGGAAUGAUGAAGCAACGUCUCGGCGAGAUGAUGGACGCUCAGCGUGCCCUCAAUGGUGGGGACGAAGGGUCAGCCGCCGCGCCUGCGCAGGACGCAGCACCCGAGCAAGGCGAUCCAGCCUCUGCGCUCGAUGAUCCUUACGGCCUCGCUGAGCUGACAGAGGAGGAGCGCUACCCCGAGAUCGAGUAUCAGCCGCCUCCCCUCCCCGCUAGUGUGCUCGAUCAGGACUACGGGAUGGGAGCGCAUGAGAAGCUGGCUGGCCUGCCGAGUGGCAAGGAGCUGGCGCACAUGGGGAGGGGGGCGAGGUUUGGUUUGGCGCAUCUUGUGAGGGAAGAGGAGAAGCCCGCAAUGCUUCCUGAGGCGCCAGAGAUGGCUGCGGAGGCGGACGGAAUGGGCGCGGAAAAGAGACAAAUGGAAAAGGAGGAGCUGUGGAAGAGCAUCGAGCGUGACGAGCAGGAGGAUGAGGAGCGCAUCUGCGGGCGUGCACAGAAGGCGAGCACACCACGUCGCCCGCUUGGGGUCAAGAAUGGCAACGUCGCGGUGACGACAAGGACGCCUCUGGCCCAACAGCAGCGGGGUGCGCCGCGCGUGGGCGGCACGCCGUCCUCCUCAAGACCUGCUAUCAAGUCGGCCACGACUCUCUCAGGCAAGCCGGCGAUCAUGCGCAAUGGCUCUGCAACUACGACGAGCAGCGCUAAGAGCAGCAGCUAUAGCGGGGCUCCUCCGGCCAGGCCAGCUGGAGCGACGAGGCCGUCAGGAGCAGUCGCGACGUCGACGAUGAAGAAGGCGUCAGUCAGCGUGAACAGCUCAAUCCGCCCCGUAGCCCCCUCGCAGCAGCAGCAGCAGCGUCGCCCGCUUGCAGCCACGGCCAAGCCCGCCAGCAGCGCCGUGUCUCGCCCACUCCAGCGCAGCGCAAUCGCCUCUCGUCCCGCACCCGGCAUUUGCGAUCGCUCGUCUACCGCAUCCGCGCCAGCAUCAGCCAAGUCCUCCACAACUCAAGCCGUUGCGGACCAAGAGGAGCCUGACGCUCUCGCCGACUUCGCAGAGGAGCAGGCCCUCGCAGGACUGCGCGAUGAUGCGCUCGGUGAUAACGCCGUUCUGGGGUUGGAGAUGGAUGAGGAUGAGGGGGCUGAGAUGGGAGAGCAGACGCAGGCAGAGGAGCUCUAG